AUGUUAAUUACUGCUAUUAUAAUUGCUAUUGGUUUAACAAUUUUAGCACUUAUUGCCACUAUUAUUUGGUUAUUAAAAGCUUCGGGACUUUUUACAUCGAUAAAAAUACAAGUCACUCAGCCGUCAUUUGAGUUUCUAACGAUUGUCUAUAAAUUUCAAAAGGGUGAUUAUUCAACAUCAGCAGAUAUAUUUAGGGAUAUUAUUAAUUAUUCACCAUCACAUUCAACCAUUGGAAUUUAUUAUGAUAAAACAGAUGUUACACCUGUUGAAGAACGACGUUUCAUUGUUGGUGUCAUUGUCGAUGAAACGAAAGAUGCCGAAAUGAUCAAACGAAUGGAAGCUGAUGAUUAUAAAAUUUUUAAGCUUCCAAAAUCUGUCCAAUCCGUUUAUACGACAUUUCCAUUUAGUAGUGUGUUUUCUGUUUCUAUUGCAAAUAUGAGAGUACCAUCACGUUUAGAAGGUUUCAUUCAGUCGAAUAAAUUGGAUGCUCAUCCUUUGAUUGAAAUCUACGAACCAACAAUAAUACAUUAUUUUGUUCCGUUGAGUAGUCAUGAAAUUUAUAAUGUUCCUGAAUUAAUUUCGGAAUCCUCUUAA